GACAUUUCUUAAGUCAAACGAUUCUCGUAGUCAAAGCUGAACGCAGAUGAUUCCCUAUUGACAUCACAAACGCUCGAAUAGAUCGAUCGCUAGGACUUAUCGGCUUAGGUAAGACCUUUGUAAGAGACAAUAAUAUUCCUAAUCAAAAUCCACGCUCGACCUCCAUUCUGCUCUGGGUGUAAGCUUUGAAACUCGUUCCCCUCUGUCUAACAUUCCCUGGUCUCCAUCUUGGGCUAUUCUGUACUUUACUAACUGGUGGUGUCUGACGCAUUUUUAACUUUCUGGUAUGGCGUCCUUCGAAGAUUAUGACGAGUUCGGAAACUACAUUGGUGCAGAGCUCGAAUCAGAGGAAGAGGAACACAUUGAAGAGGAUGUCUACCGACAAGGACAGCAGCCACAGGCUGCACCAUUGGAGGGCUACGAGGAAGAACCGAUGGAAGUAGAGGAGACUACUGCGUUAAUGGAAAUUGAAGAACCCAUACAGAACGCGGUUGUAUUACAUGAGGACAAGAAAUACUAUCCGUCGGCGUCGGAGGUAUAUGGCGAGGAUGUCGAAACUUUGGUUCAGGAAGAGGACGCGCAACCGCUCACUGAACCUGUCAUCGCACCCGUGAAAGUUCGAAGGUGGACGGUAGAGGAGAAGGAUAUGCCAGAAACGCGGUUUGACAAAGCUUUCUUGCUUAACAUGACUGCUUUCCCCGAAUUUGUGCGAAACGUUGCAGUUGUAGGACACCUGCAUCACGGGAAAACUGCUCUCAUGGACAUGCUGGUUUUCGAGACGCAUAAACUUAUCUGGGACUCAGAUCACGAGACGCGAUACACCGACACCCACAUUCUCUCUCGCGAACGCGAAAUUUCAAUCAAAUCCUCACCCAUGUCCCUCGUCCUCUCCAAUAGUGCCGGAAAGUCGCACCUCAUUCAUCUCAUCGACACGCCAGGACACGUCAACUUUUUUGACGAAGUCGCCUCUUCCAUUCGUUUAGUUGAUGGUGUCAUCCUUGUCGUGGAUGUGGUAGAAGGUGUCAUGGUCGGCACCGAACAUAUCAUUCGACACGCACUUCAAGAGAACGUUAAGAUCACCUUGGUAGUGAACAAGAUCGACAGGCUCAUUUUGGAGUUGCGUAUCAAGCCCGCAGAUGCAUACUAUAAAAUCAAACACACCAUCGAGGAAGUCAAUGUGAUCAUCAGCAACAUCAACCCUGAUCCUGCUCUUCGUGUCAGCCCAGAAAAGGGUAACGUCGCGUUCGCAAGUACGGACAUGUCAUGGUGCUUCACUCUCCGAUCCUUCGCUCAGAUGUACGCCGAUACCUAUGGAAACCUCGACGUCUCCGCAUUUGCAGAUCGACUCUGGGGCGACAUCUACUUCAACUCGGAGACUCGCAAAUUCACCCGAAAACCCGCUGACCCCGGAACACCUCGAUCUUUCGUGCAUUUCGUGCUGGACCCAUUGUAUAAGCUGUACACACAGGUUCUGAGUGAGGAGACCGAAUCGUUAAAGGAUACUCUUCAAGGUCUUGGAAUCAAGUUAAAGCCAGUGAUGUACAAGAUGGAUGUAAGGCCGCUGUUAAAGGCUGUCUUAGCUCAAUUCUUUGGGCCAUCGGUUGGUUUGGUGGACAUGAUUGUGGAGCAUAUACCCUCUCCAAUUGAAGGCGCAGCUACGAAGAUUGAACAAAUAUACACCGGUCCCAUGUCGUCCGAACAUGCCGAAGCCAUGAAAGCUUGCGACCCCGAUGCGCCAGUGAUGGUCCACAUCAGCAAACUGUAUCAUACAACGGACGCGCAAUCAUUCAGAGCAUUCGGUCGUGUAUUCAGCGGUACCGUGAAGAAGGGUAUGGAAGUCAGAGUCCUUGGUGAAGGCUACUCGCCUGAGGACGAAGAGGACAUGGCCAAAGCGAUUGUUGACGAUGUCUGGAUUAGCGAAGCUCGAUACAACAUCCCAGCUCAAGAAGUCCCCGCGGGCAACCUCGUCCUUCUUGGCGGUGUGGACGCCUCCAUCUCUAAGAGCGCCACCAUAGUAGAUGACGAAAUGCAAGAAGACCUCUACAUUUUCCGUCCCGUUCGACACAUGACGCAAUCUGUACUCAAAAUCGCUAUCGAGCCUAUAGCUCCGUCAGAGUUGCCCAAGAUGCUGGCAGGUCUGAGGAGUAUCAACAAGUCCUAUCCGUUGGUAUCGACCAAGGUGGAGGAAAGUGGUGAACAUGUCGUGAUUGGGACCGGGGAGCUCUAUUUGGAUUGUGUGAUGCACGAUUUGAGGAGAUUAUUUGCGGAGAUUGAGAUUAAGGUGUCUGAUCCGGUGACGAAGUUCUGUGAGACGGUGUUGGAGACGAGUGCAUUGAAGUGUUAUGCAGAUACACCGAAUAAGAAGAACAAGCUCACCAUGAUUGCCGAGCCUCUCGAGAGAGGUAUCGCGGAGGAUCUUGAGAACGGGCGUGUGACGAUGCGCAUGUCGCCAAAAGAGCGAGGUACAUUCUUCCAGGAGAAGUACCAAUGGGAUUUGCUUGCCUCUCGUUCCAUCUGGGCAUUUGGUCCUGAUGAGAAUGGACCAAAUAUCUUGCUCGAUGAUACCUUACCUUCACAGGUUGACAAAAAGUUGCUUGGGACAGUGAAGGAGCACAUCAAACAAGGAUUCCAGUGGGGUGCACGUGAAGGACCACUGUGUGAUGAACCCAUGCGCAACGUGAAGUUCCGACUACUCGACGCAAGCUUGGCACAAGAACCAAUCUUCCGUGGAGGAGGACAAAUUGUCCCAACAGCACGUCGUGUUUGCUAUUCUUCCUUCCUGAUGGCUACCCCUCGAUUGAUGGAGCCCGUCUACUUCGUCGAGGUUCAAGCACCAGCAGACUGCAUUUCGGCGGUAUACACCGUACUGGCACGGCGCCGAGGGCACGUUACGCAGGAUAUACCAAAAGCUGGUUCGCCGUUAUAUACGGUUAAAGCCCUCAUCCCGGUUAUUGACGCAAACGGGUUCGAGACUGACCUGCGGACCGCAACGCAAGGGCAAGCGUUCUGUUUGCAAGUGUUUGAUCAUUGGUCGAUAGUGCCUGGUGACCCUACCGACACGAGUAUCAAGCUGCGACCACUAGAGCCUGCUUCAGGACAAGCACUUGCUAGAGACUUGGUGCUUAAAACUCGACGCCGCAAGGGUCUGGGCGACCAGAUCGCAGUGUCGAAAUAUCUCGAUGACGAGUUUGUGGUAAGCACACUUUCAUCUGAAUAUGAUGCAAGUAUCAGGGAAAUUGACUUUAUGGUUGCAGCUUGCGUUAUCUGCGUCGGGACAUGCGGAUUUGCUUGGGUAGAGUGGAUGUUAUUUUUGUAUGUACUUAGUGCUGUGAAUAAGUGUAUUUUUUCCGAAGUCCCAUGAGCGAUGGCCAUGCGAGAG